GAGAGUGGCCCAGAGAGGGCGUUCGCCUAAAGCUGCCGCACCGUUCCCAAAGUCUCUGCUGUUCUGUAGAAAAGCAGUUGGGUAUUCCUGCCUGGCUGAACUUGAGCGGGUAUUCACCGUUGGACCAGCGAAGGUAGCGCACAGGUCUGCGAGCACGGCUGCAGCACGGCCACGCCAGUUUGGAAAACAACACAACAAAAAACAAUUUUCAUUUUUUAAUUAUUCACAUUUUAUAACAGCAACUUUACGAAAACAAUUUUUGUUUUUCGGUUGGCUCGAUUUUGUUUUUAACAGUGUGACAGUGCGCGUGUCGUGUUUUGGUGCGUCGUGAUUUUUUAGUACGUUCGAAAAUAGUUUUUUGGCUCCAAUUUGGGAGAGAACAACUGAAAUACUUUUGGAAUUGUGGAGAGUGACAAGUGUCAGUGAUUGGGGGCCAUGAUUGAACGAAUCCGAUAAAGUUUGGGAUAAAUAUUUCCCAGUUCAACUCGAAUCGCUCGUGUGUCGAAAAGAAUUCACAGCCCAAGAGUUUGGUUGGUUUCACCUGCACGACAAAACAGACAACUCUUUUUUUUUUUGAAAACAUCUUCCAGAGAAAUUCUAUUAGCACAGUGGUGUGCGCCUUCAUGUGUUUCAACAGUGAAGUUUCUCUCUCGCGUGUCUGGUAGUAGUGCGUGUGUGUGUGUGUGUGUGAGUGUACAUCGUGUGUGUCAGUGCCUGUGUGUGAGAAGUUAUGGUCGACAACUUCUGAACUGCAUUUUCAGUGGUGGAACAACAACAACUAACCGAGUGUGCCCUUCUUCCUCGUGUCUUGUGCCGUGUGAGAAUUGACUUUUUGAAACAUCAUCAGCCCGAAAAACAGACGAGAAACGGGAGGGAAAUGAGAAAGAAGGGACUAUCACGCCGCCUUGUGCCAACUCCUGAUGAAGAGAUGAUUCACAGCGAAGAGGAGACGACAAUGAAGGCGUCGUCGACCAAAAUGUUGGAAGGAGCCCCGAUCAGCCCCAACGGCUCGUCGGACGCCAAUCACAACCUCAACAAACCGCUGUUGGCGACAUGUUCUUCUUCCUCUUCUUCGUCAUCUUCUUCUUCGUCGUCAUCAUCGUCUUCUUCCUCCUCGUUCACCACCGCCACCAACAACAAGCCGAGCAUCAGAGCCGACAACGUUGUCGCUUCUGAUUUCCUCUCCUCGUCUCGUGCCGCAGUCCUCCAGCCGACGCCGACGUCGGUCCACGUCGCCACAGUAGACGGCCGGCCGGAAGACGACGUUGAAGAGGCCGAAGUGGCCACCGAGCCGGAAGAAGUCGAGGAGGAGGAGGAGGAAGAAGAAGAGGAUGAAACCACCUCCCCCGAGGGUCAAUCCCCAACUCCCCGCGACGUCACUCAACGAAUCAACAGCAGCAGCAGCAUUUUGUCGGUGGUCAAAGGCGACGUUGAUGGACCAGAAUCGUCGUCGGGAUUGAUUCAAGCCACGUCGGGGCAAUCCAUCAAGAGUGGCAAGAAAUCAUCCGGCAGCAUCCUGGCUCCUAGAGUUCCCUCCAACAAAAACAAGAGCCGCAGCAAAACAGGGCCAUCAACGGGUCGUCAGGAAGUCGUUGCCGAGUACUUUGCCAAGUGUUGGCUCUGCAGCAAAGGCUUCCCAUCGCCGGCCGUUUUGCGUGAACACCUGCAGAACGUUCAUCACGAAAGUGCGGCCGCAAUCGCCGCCGCCAUGGCUGCCCUUCAGCAGCAGCAACCGCAGCAGCAACAAUCACAACAGCUCGCUACCAGCGGAGUUCAGAGCAGCAGCAUUCAACCAGUGACGUCAGUUCCGGUUGCGACCAGCACAUCUUCGUCGUCGACUUCUUCGUCGCUUUCGUCGUCCUCUUCGACGACUAUCCAUCAGCUUCAGAGGCAUCCGCACGCCUGCCUACAGUGCAGCGCAACCUUCGCCGAAAGAGACGAGCUGGAACGGCACGAGCUGACUCACUCUCCCACCGCUCAAGUGUCGUGUGGUGUUUGCCAGAAGAACUUUGCCAAUGUCUACCGUCUGCAGCGUCACAUGAUCAGCCACGACGAAUCGGCUGGACUGCGUAAAUUCAAGUGCACCUACUGCGACAAGGCCUUCAAGUUUAAACAUCAUCUCAAGGAGCAUGUCCGGAUUCAUUCUGGCGAGAAGCCGUUCGAGUGCGCCAACUGCGGCAAACGUUUCUCCCACUCGGGCUCGUAUUCUUCCCACAUGACCUCCAAAAAGUGCCUCAUCCUCAAUUCCAGGAACAGUCGACCACGUCUGCCAGUGAUGGAUCAGAAAUCCGCUACCACCACUGUGGCAACCGCAGCGCCACUGAGAGCGCCCAGUCCGGUUAUUGGACGCCGCAGCUCGACACCGACCGCAACCGGUGUUGGUAAAUUGAACAGCAGCAACAACAGCUUCAACAAUGUCGUCAACCGCCACGUCAACGGUUACGCUCCCGUCAUGGGUUACCCGAGCCUCUACGAACCGCCCAAAUCGGUCAACGCGGGUGUCAACCCACCUGGCCCCGCUGGCCCGCCUCCGCCGCCUCCGCCGGCUCCCCAUUACUUUAACACAAUACCGGGGAUUGGCUACAAUAGUUCGAGCUUUGCCCACCUUACCCAAUACUUGGUGGCCGCCCAAUUGGCCUACCCGCUGCGCAACGCGUCACUUCACAGCAACACCAGCAGUACCAGUCCCAUAUACAAAGAUAUGGAUCCGGUUGCCUUGGCGGCUGAACUCGACCGUAAGAGGAAACGCUCGGAUUCCGGCAUUGAGGACUCGACCAGCAAGUUUGUCACCGACUCGAAGCUCGGUCGCUACCAGCCAAACGAUGCCAUCACAACGGAACACCAGUCCCCAGCUGAAAUUGAGAAAGUCAAACAGAUCAUUGAAAAGCUCAAUGCUAAUGUCACCCGUCAAUCUUUCGAGGAGAGAGUCCAGCAUGUCAAGAACUCACAGCGCGGACACUACAUCCAUCAUCCUAUUAGUUCCAGCCCUCUUGAGAAACAGCAUCAUGAUUACAGCGAAGGAUUGGCGGCCAAAAUGGAAGAAGAUAACCGGCACGUGCAGGUUUCGCCCAAUAUAACUCCUGGACUAGAGGAUAUGAUUGAAGAGGUUCCCGACACGGAUGACCAGCCGCCUGUGCCGCAUCAGGGCGCUGCCGAUGACGACAUGAGGGAGGAUGCGGCCAGUGAGACUGGCACGGAUGACUCUGGUCUGGUGAUGGCACUCGACCAAGACAGCGUUACGGGCCAGCGCGACGAGAACAAUCCAUCCAAUAACAACCUUGGAGUUGGCCACCUGAACGCCGGAUUCUCUGUCGGCGGAAUCGCCAAGACGUCAGAAAGGACCAGGUCGACGAUAUCUGAAGAUAAAGCAGCCAUUUUGAAGAGAUAUUUCGCACAGCAGCCUCGCCCGAAACGCGACGAGAUUAACCGGUUGAGCCGCGAACUCAACUUCCCGCCUCGUGUUAUUCAAGUCUGGUUCCAAAACGCCAGAGCACGAGACCGCAGGGAAGCCUUAUUUAAUGUAGUCCAUGGUGGCGACGCGUUCCAGUGUCGCCCUAGUAACGGCCAUGGACCCAUCACUGAUCACUAUGCAACACAACAUUUUCCUUCUCAGCCAACGGAUUUAAGUUCCACGGCCGAGCACGAAGAUUUAGAUGAAAGUAGGAACAUAGAAGAGGAAGAAGAAGAAGAAGAGAACGAACAGCCAUUAGAUCUGACUGUCAAGCGAGUGGAAUCCGAGUCGAACUCGGGACACCCGCAAUUAAGAGAAACAUCCGCAGUCGUUGAAAACGGAUUGAAAAUGGAUAGGUCUAUGACGGGGACAUCGCAACUGACCGUGUCGGUGAGCGUCAAAGAGAACGGUAUCGUCCACCCUAAGAAACGCAACUGGAUCAAGAUGGAAGAGGAAGACGACUCUUUCCCCCAUGAAAUCGAAGAGUGGAAAAAGACCUUUGCUGCCGGACUCCACUGCGGAGUUCAGCGCUGUUUCAAUGGCAAAUUGUCGCCGCAAUCGUCAGAUAUUUCUGGAGCUGAGGAAGAAACAUUGAAGCGAUCUUUGGGACCAGUUGGAUCUUGUGACGAAGGAAGCGAGUCACGCGACACUAGCGGUGACGAUGGUGGACACACCACCCCUACGACCAGCAUCACGGCCCGCAGUGGAAAGAAAUCCAAAUUUGGCAGCGGCAGCAGCGUCACUGGUGGUGGCAAGAGUAUCACUCCAGCCCCACCUACGGUUGCGAUGGCAGUAGGCGAUAACAGCGAAGGCCUCUACUCUUGCGAUCAGUGCGACAAGAGCUUCUCCAAACUCAGUUCGUUGACGCGCCAUAAAUACGAACACUCGGGUCAACGUCCUUACCAAUGUGACAUGUGCCCAAAGGCAUUUAAACACAAGCACCACUUGACGGAGCACAAGCGAUUGCACAGCGGCGAGAAACCUUUUCAAUGCCAAAAGUGUCUCAAGCGCUUUUCGCACUCGGGCUCCUACAGCCAGCACAUGAACCACCGAUUCUCCUAUUGUAGACCGUGUCCAGCCAGUUCCUGAACGAAUGGAGAAAAACAAAAACAGCAACAAAACGAAUGAAAGCAACGACGAUGACUUAACCGCCCAUUUUGUUUAUUGCAGCAGAACAUGACCAACGAAACGCACGUCAGCAAAAUCGACUUUGUUCUACAACCAGCAAACACAAAAAAGCUUCUCCCGUUCUACUUGUAAGAAAAAAAACUAUUUUGCAUCCGUGUGUAAACCACUCGUCUGUGCGUGAUUUUGUGUGUUUGUGUAUAGCUCUUUCCUUUCACGUUCUCAUGUCAUUAGUCGUCUAAACGAUCGAUGAUGACAUAUGCAGAUAGAUGAUUGUGCAGGAUUCAGUGCAACGAAAUUCCCCCUGAACGUCGUCUCCUUAAAAAGACGCAACGUUUCCCACCAACCCUCCUCUCCAUUUCCCAUGUUUUUCAUUUUUCUCCUCCAUUUUUAGAAAUCAGACAAAACGCUAUGGUAGUUUUCGGUAGGCCGAAUGUACUCGCGUGUGAAAUUUCUUCAUCCCGUGCCAAAAGAUAGUUUAUAUAUAUAUGAACUUUAAAUGAUUACGCAUAUAUUGUAUAUAUAAACUGGUUGGAGAUGUUGUAGAUUCGGAUGAUCUUCAAAGUGAUUGAAGUACCAAGCAAUACUCAUGUAAACUACAAGAAAAAUCUCCCACCGGUUUAUAUAUUGUUUCGCUAUAUUCUCGUGUUCUUCUCCUUAAUUCUUAAGUUUCUCUUAUAUUACGGUAUCGAAAUUACCAUUAAGUGUUUUUUUUAAAGAAAUGGGUGUCUAGGCAAAACAAAAAAAAAAAAUGCUCUCGUCUUCCUUCAUGUCAAACGACAUUUGCUUUGCGCAUGUAUCCGUGUGUUUAUUUUCACCAUUUUGUUUAGAAAGCGAAGUGGAUGCGGGGAUUAAGUCGUAUUCUUUUUUUCUUCAUUAAAAACCGAGCUGUUUGAUUUGAUUAAUUUUAGUUUUUUUUCUUUGGUCGCCAGCCUAGUCAGGGUGCACCACACGUGCAAUCUCUUAAAAAUUUAUUUGAUUCUUUUUUUUUAUUAUUAUUAUUUUCUCUGAGGCUGGUUGACUUUCAGUUUGACAGGUUUGGAUAUUUUAAACAUUCCUCAUUGAAAACAACCGAGAGAAAAAGAUUCGAAUUUAUUAGAAAAGAAAGGAGAGAAAUACUCAAGGUGCUUGUCUUUCAAGUUGUAUCCUUUAGUUUCUUUAUAAUUUGUACGAAAAAAAGAAUCCAUUUGUUUGAAACUUUUGCACAAGAAUUCCUUCAACCCGUUUCUACAAGUUAGUUAACUCUUUCCCCAUCCGUCUUCCAGCCAAUAUCCUGGAAUUUUUGAUAAGUUGAUUUCAAUAAUUGUUUUUUUUUUCCCUAUGCCGUGUCUUUGACGGACGAGUUGUUGGCCUACUAGUCGGCCGUUAUACCCCACCACUCCCCCGAAUGUUUAUGUUGACCCAUAUUCUCACACAUUUGCACUUGUUCACUGAUGGCACGAUUUUGAAACACUUUCCCUAAGAAAAAAAAUUCCCGUUUCGUUUCAACUGGUAUAUCUCUUUCUCUCUUCAGUAGAGUCGAUCACAAUCGCAGGCCUUGGAAAUUGACACAACCGAAAGAGAAAAAGCUAUUCACGAUAUGCAAAAGUCACAGGUGCCAUAUGUUUUAACGUCUUGCGUUUCAAGCCGCUCUUUUUUUCAUCUCCUUCCCCCAUCUUCCCGCAAGACGCAUUCCAAUGCUUUCAAGACCUUAAAGAAUCUAUUUGGUGUGUUAUCGUUUGCUCUCUUCUCAUUGUAAUGCGCAUGCUGUGAACGAUUCCAUUUUUACUGGCUGGUUGAUUGACGGAAAUUUAAAAGAAAAGAAAAAAACAACCGUGGUGCCUGUUUCACCUUCCAUCAAUCUAAUUAUAUUAAAAACACACACACAAAAGAGAUUGAUCCUUAACCCCAUUUCUGUCUCAUUCCUCCCUACUGUCAUUCCUUUCAUCCGAUUUUUGUAUGUUUUCCUCCUCUCGGAAAUUUCGAUCCCCUGUUUCAAUCAUUUUAAGAAUCUCUCAGUUCGCUGAAUCUCUCCUGGAAUGUUUAUUUGUUUUAAGAUCGGAAGAUUUCGAUCGUUCUAUUUUCAUUUAUCUCUGGUUAUUUUUUUUUUUUUUACUAUCGAAUGUAUAGCUAGCCAAAUGUUCUGUGUCAAUGAUUAUAUACAACGAAAAAGAUUUUCUUUCUCUCGUGUAAUGUGGAAAAAAUUACGAAUAUGAUGUGUGCAUUCAGAAAAAAUUGUUGUUCGCGCCGUUUUUUCUUUUACGAAAUUUACAAUAAAUCUUUCUCCUUUGAA